AUGCUCCGAUAUCUGCUACUAUUCCAUUUCGCGAUUGCAGCGCCGCUCGCGAGUACCACAAUUCCAAGCACGAUUGCCACUCGAGUCAUUCCUUUGGCAAACUCGAUUGAAACCAAAUUGCCGUUCCUCAGAGGUGUCGACGAUUUGAAUAAAGAGGAGUUCUUCGAGAUUAUUCGCGACGAGAAGCUGAGCAAAGCGGAAAUUUGGAAGCACGUCGAAGAAUGGUCGAAGAAGCAGCCAGAAGACGUCCAAAUGAGCGUCAUCGAAUUCCAUCAGAAGCUGUCGGAACACGUGGAUAGUUCGAAAAUGAGAGUUCAGAACAUUGUGAGGAGUCUUCCGGAGGCGCUUCACCGAUUGCGGCAAAUUGUGGAAGACGUGGAAAUCACACGACUUCAGGAGAAAAAUCGAAUAGCGAAUCUUUAUUCAUCUCUCGAAGAAGAUGUCUCGAAAACGCUUCAAUUCAUUGUUAAUAUGGUGUCAUUUGAGAACAACGAAGGCAAAAUAAUAGAGCAGAAGCACAAAAUUGCGCGGCUCAAGAAGGGCGGAAUUUGGACAGGAAACUCGCAUGCAACAACUAUCUUUUAA